UGCCAUUCAGAAAAAUAUCUCACCCGCCCGGUUCCGCCUGUUGCGCCGCGUGGGUCUGCUCCCCUCCGCCGGCCGCCUCUCCUGCGUCUGCUCUCACCUGACGCCCGUUCCGCCGCUGCCUCGAAUCCGCCGGCCGCCCGAAAACCGCCGGCCACCUCUCCUCGCCGCGUCUGCCCGUCCGUUCUGCCCGCUGCCUCUGGCCGCCGCCUCAACUCCGCCGGGCCUCCAAAUCCGGCCGCCGUCGCCUGUAUCGCCGGAUACGGUCUCCAUCUAUGCCGAGCGAAAGAAGCCAUAUGGCGUCGAAUGCUGUUAUUGGUUUGCUUCUGUGAGUAUGCUAGCUUAGAUAACUUAAGAUCUCAUUUCUCUUGACGAAAUUCCUGACUCAAGGAGCAAGAUGAGUAGAAAAAUACAUGGUGAAAGUGACUCUGAGAGAAUCACAAGUGACGGGACAGCUGCUCGCACAAGACCUCUCAGCAUUCAGGACAUCAUAUUGCUUCGUGAAAAGAAGGCAGCAUCAGAAGCUAAGAAAACCAAGGAAGGGCCCCAAGAAAAUGACAAGGUUACAUCUAAUCACUUGGAACAAGGAAGAAGAUACAAAAGCAGAAAGGAUCCGAAAGAUAUGCCUAUAGAGGGUUCCAAAAAGGAGAAGAGUAGAGAAACAACAAAGGAGGGCUCCAAGAAAGAAAAUCUGAGACAUAUACCAAGGGAAGGCCCCAAAAAGGAUGACAUGAGAUAUACACCAAAGGACAGCUCAAAAGAUGGUUCCAAGAUGGAUGACCUGAAAGAUACACCAAAGGUCUCAGAGAAGGAAGACCUAAGAGAUGCACCAAAGAAGAGCUCCAAGAAAGAGAGGUCCUCCAUAAGAGAUGAUGGUAAUUUAGUUGGCGGAGACAAAGGCAUUCGUACUUCGCAUAAACUAAGCACAAGCAUGAGUGGCCGGACUGAUGAAAGCAAAGAUGCAAACCUUGGUGAUAUCAGAGCAAGAAAUGGCGAUGCAGCGAGGUCUCAAAAGGGACCUGGGAAAAGAUGGAAUGAUGAAACUGAUAAUGAUAGAAUCAAGGAUAGGAGUGAGAAGCUUCGAAACGAGACAAAGAGAAAAGGCCGUACCUUUGAUGAUGAGAAGAGUUCAGAGGUUGAUCGACGAAUAUUGAAGAGACAUGACUCUGCGAGGUUCCAAGAUUCCAAACAUUAUGAUAAAAAUGAUGGGAGGAAAGAGUAUGCAAAACCAUACCACGGAGAGCCAAGGUUGAAAAGAAGAAGGUCAAAAAGCAGAGAUCUUGGUCGAGGAAGACAAGGCGGGUCUAUCUCACCACCACCAAGGGAACAAGGGCAUAGCCACUGUGGACAUGAUUGUGGUAAUUAUCCUUCAUACUACCCAGUGGAGAAAUCAAGGAGGAAGUACGCUGAAACUGACAAACAAAGAACAUCUGGGAAUGGUGGAUACAGUGGUGGGUCUCACAGGAGAUACGAAAGUCGGCUGGGUGGAUACUCACCAAGGAAAAAAAAAACAGCACCGCAAGGUGAGCAGGGAAUUACCAAGAUUCCUUCCCUGGUCAUUCAAUCCCCAGAAAAUAAAUCAGCCACAUGGGAUCAACCUCCUGUGAGAGCAGACCAAUCUAAUUUCCUUACCACUUUGCAUCCAGCUGUUGGCCAAAUGACUCCUUCUAUUCCAGUCAAAUUUUCUGCAUUAAAGAAGGACCCUGCAAGUACAGUUGAGACAAUAUUGGCAGGGAAUAAUUUGGCUGCUGAUUCUGUCCAGCUAACACAAGCAACCCGCCCACUCAGGAGGCUACACAUUGAAAAUGUACCAGGUUCAGCAACAGAGGAUAUGUUGAUUGACCGCUUGAAUGACUUCUUGUUGUCUUCUGGUAUUAAACACAGCCAACGGUCUAAACCAUGCCUCAGUUGUACAAUAAACAAAGAAAAAUGUCAGGCAUUUGUUGAAUUUCUUACACCAGAGGAUGCUACAGCAGCUCUUUCUUUUGAUGGAAAGCCUCUCAAUGGAUCUGCUUUGAAAAUUCGACGGCCCAAAGAAUAUGUUGAAAUGACAAAUGUAGCUCCAAAAAAGCCUGCUGAAGAUAUUACAUUAAUAUCUGACAUUGUAUCAGAUUCACCACACAAGAUUUUCAUUGCUGGGAUUUCUGGAGUGAUUUCAUCUGAGAUGCUCAUGGAAAUUGUUAGUGCAUUUGGCCCAUUGGCUGCAUAUCGCUUUAUUUUUAGCGAGGAGCUUGGUGGUCCCUGUGCAUUUCUUGAGUAUACAGAUCACUCCAUCACAUCCAAGGCAUGUGCUGGCCUCAGUGGGAUGAAGCUUGGUGGAUGCAUAUUAACUGCCGUCCAUAUGUUUCCUAAUCCUCUUGCCAAGUUGAAUUUCCAGGUUGGCAAUGAGGCUUCCCCAUUUUAUGGUGUUCCUGACAAUGCGAAAUCGCUUCUUGAAGAACCAACCAAAGUCCUGCAGCUAAAAGAUGUGUUUGACCAAGAAGAGUAUAUGCUACUUUCAAAAUCUGAGCUGGAAGAAACAUUGGAAGAUGUACGCAUGGAAUGUGCAAGGUUUGGAGCAGUCAAAUCGCUAAAUGUAGUUGAGUAUCCUGCUGGUACUGACAAUACUGCAGAGGAUAACAUAGUUGAGCCUGAAGAUAGGUCAGUCAAGAUUGGGCCCACUGAAUUUGGUGAUAAUGGAAACAGUACAGAGGCUGGAUCAGAAUGUUCUGUACCAAAUCAGAGUCUAGAUGUUCCCGAUCAUUCUGAGCCUACAGAAACAAAAGAUGUAGAUCCUAUCUCCGAGGGCCAGGAUCAGAAGGACAAACAUCUUCCAACUAAUGCGGCACUUUGUGAGGGUCAUGCACCUGCAGCAGAUCAGCACACAGACCCAGAUGACAUUCAAGCUAGAGGUGCUCUCCCCACAUUGCAGCAUGCAGAAGCUGAUUAUAUGGUUUCUGAAGCAGCCACAGAUGAGGAUAAACAUAUGGAAGCAGCGGUGGCCACUGCCAGAAUGGAUGAUGGUGCAGCAGAAAAAGGACAUGCAGACCCAAGAACCUCAGAGAUCUCUAGUCCUGCUACGCCUGGAGACAAGGUUGAGAAAUCCGGAAGGGAGAGCGAGCAACAAGGUUCUGCUGAGUUGAGCAAAGGUGAUGCGGAGGAAGCACCCACUGCUGGGACCAGAGGCGACGCUUUUGUGUUAGAACCUGGUUCAGUGCUUGUGGAAUUCAUGCGGAAGGAGGCUGCUUGCAUGGCUGCACACUCAUUACAUGGGCGGCGUUUUGGCAACAGAACUGUCUGUGCUGGAUAUGCUCCACACGAUCUCUACUUGCAGAAAUACCCAAGAUGAUUCUGUGCCGAGACUCUGCUUUUCUGAUGAUAAUAGUAAAGCAUUGCCAAUAGUUAGAGGACUUAGUUUUGAGCCUUUGGAUGCAUGGUUCAGUCAGGAUAGUGUACUGUUAGCAUAAGGAGAUAUAGGGAGAUCCAUUCCACAGUAGUUCCUUGGUGAAAGACAAUAGGAUACGAGUGAUCAUUAACCAUUAUUCUUGACUUGCUGGUCGUAUGUUUGCAGUCAGGGGAAACAACCUGAACGUUCUGCUUGUAAACCUUAUUCACCUGGAUGUUUCUGAGCUAACGUUCGUCGAUCUAAAGAGAAUACUUUGCGCUGUGUA